GCAGCGCGUGGCGCGGCGGGGCCAUGGGGGGGGUGGAGAAGAAGAAGUACGAGCGCGGAGCCGCCACCAACUACAUCACCCGCAACCGGGCACGGAAGAAGCUGCAGCUGAGCCUGCCCGACUUCAGGCGCCUCUGCAUCCUCAAGGGGAUCUACCCCCACGAGCCCAAGCACAAGAAGAAGGUGAACAAGGGCUCCACAGCCCCCAGGACCUUCUACCUGCUCAAGGACAUCAAAUUCCUGCUCCAUGAGCCCAUCGUCAACAAAUUCCGGGAAUACAAGGUGUUCGUGCGGAAGCUCCGCAAGGCGUACGGGAAGAGCGAGUGGAGCACCGUGGAACGGCUGAAGGACAACAAACCCACCUACAAACUCGACCACAUCGUGAAGGAGAGGUACCCCACAUUCAUCGACGCCCUGCGGGACCUGGACGAUGCCCUGUCCAUGUGCUUCCUGUUCUCCACCUUCCCCCGCACCGGAAAGUGCCAUGUCCAGACCAUCCAGCUGUGCCGGCGCCUGGCCGUGGAAUUCCAGAACUACGUCAUCGCCUCCCGCUCCCUGCGCAAGGUCUUCCUCUCCAUCAAGGGCAUCUACUACCAGGCAGAGGUGCUGGGCCAGCCCAUCACAUGGAUCACCCCCUACGCCUUCGCCCACGACCACCCCACAGAUGUGGAUUACCGGGUCAUGGCCACCUUCACCGAGUUCUACACCACCCUCCUGGGCUUCGUCAACUUCCGCCUCUACCACUCCCUCAACCUGCACUACCCCCCCAAGAUCGACAGCCAGGCUGAUGCUGAGCUGAAGCCCACGGAGGGCAAGGAGUAUGCCAUGGAUUCAGAGAGCUACCUGGAGAGACUGUCGGCUCUGAGCUCCAGCCUGGCCCGAGUAGUGGCCCCGACCCACGAGGACGAGGUGGAGAUGGACGAGUUCCCAGUGGAGGGGGAGACAGCGGAGCAGAUGGAUGCCAAGAAGAAGGAGCAGGAGGCCCUGGAGAAGCACAAGAAGCUGUUUGAGGGGCUGCGCUUCUUCCUCAACAGGGAGGUGCCUCGGGAGCCUCUGGCCUUCGUCAUCCGGAGCUUUGGUGGCCAGGUCUCCUGGGACAAGUCCCUGUGCAUUGGAGCCACCUACGACUCCACCGACCCCUCCAUCACCCACCACAUCGUGGACCGGCCCCGCGUGGAGAACCAGGUGGUUGGCAGGUACUACCUGCAGCCUCAGUGGGUGUUUGACUCGGUCAAUGCCAAGCUGUGCCUGCCCGUGGCCGAUUACUUCCCGGGUGUCCUGCUGCCCCCGCACCUGUCACCCUUCGUGACGGAGCAGGAGGGCGACUACGUCCCUCCGGAGAAGCUGAAGCUGCUGGCCCUGCAGCGGGGAGAGAACCCAGACGAGGAGAGUGAGGAAGAGGAAGAAGAGGAGGAGGAGGAAGAGGAGGAUGACAAUGACAAAGAAGAGGAGGAGGAAGAUGAGUCUGAAAAGGAAGAGGAGAUGAAAUUAAAGAAGAUGGAAGAGCAGAAGACUCAGAGCAACAAGGCGCUUCCUGUGAAGGUGACAGCGGGGAAGGUGAGGUUGGAGGACAAGCAGCGCCUGGAGCAGGAGCAGCAGAGCGAGGAGAAGCGCCUGGCCAUCAUGAUGAUGAAGAAGAGGGAGAAAUACCUCUACAAAAAGAUCAUGUUUGGCAAGAAGCGCAAAAUCCGCGAGGCCAACAAAUUGGCUGCGAAGAGGAAAGCCCACGACACGGCCCUCAGGGAGGAGAAGAAGAAGAGCAAGAAGGCCCAACGAGCAUGAUGGGGCUGGGGGCUCCCAGGGGGAAGCUGGAGGAUGGUUUUCCACUGCUGCUUUUGGGUGGAAAACCCUCAGCUUUGCUCCUGGGACAGAAAUGCUGCAUUGAAACAUUUCCCAUCUGAAAAUACACCUCCUGCUGUGCCUCUCCCAUGGCUCUCUCCAUGGAAUCCACGUCACAAGGACUGUCCUCUCCAUGCUGGAGCCGCCUCUGUGUGAGGAAGAGGUCAAGGAGAGCUCCAGGCUCUGGAAUGUUCGUUAUUUGCACAGUCCUGGGUGCCAGAUCCAGGCUCCCUUGGGCAGAGGAGUGCAGAGCCCAGAGUGCUCCCCAGUAUCCACACAGAAAACCCUAUUCCCUUAUAUUUUUAUUUUUAAAUAAAGGUGAUGCUUUCCUGGU